AUGGGUCGAUCCCCGCCCGCGCCGGACGCGCUCGAGAUGUCCCCGCCGGCGAAACGAUCCCGCCGAAGCGGCGGCGGCGGCGGCGGCGAAGGCGGCGGCGAAGGCGGCGGCCCAUCGGGGAAAGCCAUCCUCCCGGCGGCGACGACGACGACCGCGACGCCGGCGCCGGCGGAUUACACCCUCGCGCUGGUGUACAACGUCGGCCUCGCGGACAUGAUCCUCUCCACCGCGAGCAGCGCGGGGAUCACGGAGAGCGACGCGUGCGAGAGGCUCUGCGCGUCGUUCGCGCGGCCGAAGUUCAGCAACCAGAAAAAAGUCGCCGAAGCCUUGGAGGCGUCCUUAGACGCGUCGCGCGAGACCCCCACGGUCGUGCCGUGGCCCAGGGACGACGUCGGGAUGAGGGACGGCGGACUGCCGCUCGGGUUUCGCCCGCGGCGUCCGGCGACGCCCGCCGCCGUCGCCGCCGCGGAGUACCACUGGCACGAACUUCGCGGCGAGAUGAUGGAACGUGAUGCGGGGGAAGAUGGAACGUCAACCGACGCGGACGCCGCCGCCAUCGCGGAGGUGUACUUCCCGCUCCUCGCCGCGGUGCUCCCGGAGUGGCUGCGCGGGUUCGCGAUCGACGAGACGCCGCGACCGGGAGAACGACGACGGGACGCGACGCCGAUGCGCCGCGAGAAGUCGUUCAGCGAGCUCAGGAAAGCCGCCGCGCUCGCGGUGUCCGCGGCCGCGAAGGCGGCGAACCUCGCCGGGACGGACGUCUCCACCGCGGUCUCCGCCGCGGUCGCGGAAUACACCGCGGGUCUCCGACCGACGCCCGCGAACUCCCCGCUGGGGAAUUCGAACGCCGCCGGAAUCGCCGCGACCGCCGUCCCCGUCGUCCGUCGCGUCGUCUUCCUCGUCAGCGGCUUCGGCGCACCGCGCGACGCGACGCACGCGCCGGACGAUAACAGCACCGCCGCGACCGCGCGUCUGAUGAAACGCUUCAUCGAGGCGUCGUACCCGAACGUCGCGGUCAAGCUCGUGCACGGCGGUCAAGACGCGUUUCGAUACGCCGCGAACGUCGGGUUCGUGAACCGGACGCUUCGGCCGCUCGUAGAGCGCGAGCGCGACGCCGUCGCCAAGACGCACGGCGAGGCGUGGCCCCGGCGGUUCAAGCUCACGAUCGCGCUGUGCGACGGCACGCCCGCGAGGCUGCAGGCGCUCAUGGCGUCGUUCCGCGACAUGUCGCCGUUCUUGCUGCACGCGUGGCAGCCGAAGCGGUUCUGGCAUCGAGGCGUUCUGAAGCCGAGCGACGUCGACAUUCAGCGGUGGGAACGCGCGGAGGCGACGCCGCCGAUGAAGGCGGACGAGGCAUCCCUCGUCGCGCACUUCGGCGGCGGCGGCGAGGGCGACGAAGUGACGACGACGCGACCGACGCGCGGCGAAGACGAAGAAGGCGAAGAGAACGACGGCGCGAUCAUAUCGCGCAUGGUGGACGAGAUGAAGAAACACCGAGACGCGUACGUCGCGGCGGCGUCUGAGAAGACCAACGAGCUCGGCGCGUUCUGGUUGCGGAAGACGCGGAAGCCCGUACUCGCGGUGCUGUGCGUGCGCAAGAAGGGGAAGACGGGGCGGGGACACGAGUUUUACAGGGGCGUGAACUUGGAGGUGUCGAUGCCGACCGGGUCGCUGUGUUCGGAGCGAAACGUCAUCGGCACCGCGUUGGCGUGCGAUCCGACGCUGCGCCGCGCGGACCUGUUCGGCGUCGCGGUGUUAUCCCUGAAGAAGACGGGCGGGGAGGGUUCCGGCUCCGGGAACGCUCAAAAGGGGGGCGUUAUUAAUGGUGGAGUUAGAGACGGCGGCACCGCGCCGCCGACGCCGGUGCCGGGUUCGUCGUUCGCGGGAGGCGCGUCGAGGAACGCGAGCUACGCGAAUGACCUCUCCGGGUUGGGGUCGGGGCCGACGUGUCGGCCCGUCGCGGAGGACGACUUGAACCCGUUGCAUCCGUGCGGCGCGUGCAAGGAGUGGCUGUACAAGAUCGCGGAGGUGAACCCGGGGUUUAAGGUGGUGAUGUUCACGGACGCGAGCUGCGAGGAAGUCUUCGUGAAGACCGUGGGGCAGUGUUAG